GUGCAAAUGCCCUCGGUUUUCCAGCCGUAUUUUGACUGUACACGAUAGUUCACAAAUCGACGAAAGAGGUGGACGGGCUUACGGAUGCAAUGUAGUUAAAACAAACCGUAAACAUUGAGAACGGGGUGUUGAUGCGUACCCAUUUUUGUCUACAAUGAAGAUUGGCCUCCCGUCUCAGAUCUUCGGGACUUGUAUGUUGAUUUACAUGCAUCAAAACAGUGCUUUAGCUCGGAAUACUCGCACCUGUUGAAAAACUUUGGAGGUUGCAUUUAUCUUCAUCAACUGACAGACAAUGUUUGGAUGUGGCCAGGUCAAUGAACCUGACAGCGGAGCGCAUGCCACAUGCACCUUCUACGUAGACAUGAACCCCAUACCACCCAGCCUAAAGGGUCUGCAGAGGAAGUCUCGGAAGGGAUGGCUUCAAAAGAAGGGUGGAAUGAUGAAGAUCUGGCACCGGCGCUGGUUUGUUCUCUCGGACAAGAUGCUGUUUCAGUUCAGCAAAGAGGAUGAUAUUAGGCCUCAGAGUUCAUACUUUCUGACAAGUGGUAGCCACAAAGUCACCGAGCAUCCUGUUAGUCCGGACGAGCCAGAGAAGUUCUGCUUUGAUCUUGUACCAGGUCCGAGACUUGAGGCAGGAAGCGGGGAGACAGUGACGCUAUGUGCCUCAUCAGGAGAAGAAAGGCUGAGCUGGGUGAAGGACCUCAGAUACGUGCUCUAUGCUGACAUAGGUGGAGCCAUAUUUGGUCUGAACCUGGAGGAAGCCAUGAAGUUCACCCGCAAUGAGGGGAAGAAGAUCCCUGCCAUCAUAGAGAAGUGUGUGGAGUACCUCUAUGCUAAUGGGCUGGAAGUUGAGGGAAUCUUCAGGUUACCAGGGCGUACUUCCCUUAUAAGAGAACUGAAAGAGAAGUUUGAUUGUGCCGAGAAAGUGUCCUUUGAUAUGCUUCAGCCUGAUGUCAACAGUGUUGCCUCUUUGUUGAAGCUGUACCUGCGAGAACUGCCUGAAUCCAUCAUCCCCUGUCACCUCUACCAGCGGUACAUGAACCAUGCGCUCAGGUUCAUCGAUGCCAAAGAUGAUGAAACCAAGGGCAAGUGUGUACUUGAACUACAGAAUGCCAUGCCCGAUAUGCCCAAGGACAAUUACUGCAUCCUGAAAUACCUGUGCAAAUUUUUACAUGAUGUUGGUGAAAAAUGUGAUGUCAACAAAAUGACUGUGAAUAACCUGGCCACAGUGUUUGGUCCAAACAUCAUUCGACACAUGGAUGACAACCCUGAACUGUUUAUGAUCACAGCAGACCUGACUCAACAGCUUGCCUUCAUGAUGAUCCAGAAUUACGAAACUGUGUUUACUCUGGAGUACAGGGAUGAUGGGAAUAUCGACGUGCCCGAGGCUGACCUUCUUCGCUUGUCCACCUGGGAUGCCAACCCAGUGCUGAGUCCUCAAGCAGCUUUCUCCCAACCCAAUGAUCGAUCUGCAAUGCAAGAUCUAAAAUCUUUGGAUUUGGCAUUUGCUGAUGAAGUGUUUGACCAGCUUGCUCAGAAUAAUCAGUCACCAAAUAGUCCUGGCAGUCCUUUUGUGUAUGUGGAUAAUCACUAUAAAACUGACAGGGAGAAUUGUACUCAGGAUUUUGAUCCUUUGAAUGUUCAGAAUGAAAAGCGAUCAAACACUCUGGGUUCGCGCCCCAUACCUCCCAAACGAAAGUCUAAGAUAGCACGUGGUAGAAGGAUAAGUGAAAGACGAACAGGUAGUGAUAGUGAAACCAAGCCUCAAGAAGAUCCUUCCCAAAGGCUUUCAGACAGCAUUAAAGAAGCUUUAGAUCAAAGAAAUGAAACACCAUCAAUAACAGUGUGCAGUAAUGGCACGACAUCUCACUUGAACAAUAACAAGUCUGCUGACGUAGAAGCAGACAACAAAGUUCAGCCAUCCGAGGCUCAUCUGCUGGCUCAGAAUGAGGCUCUGAAGGUGGAGCUGGUGAAUACGAAGACCCACUAUGGGGAAACAUUGAAAAAGUUCCAGACUGACCUGUCAGCAUUGAAAGACAGGUAUGAGAAAAGGAUUGAUACAAUGGAAGCCAUGAUUAAGUCACAAAAUCAAUGUCUUCAGAAGGAGAAGAAGGAUCGGGCAGAGGCUGUAGAGCGGGUGGUGCUUCUUCAGGCACAGUUACACGAGUAUCAGAUGCAGUAUGGCGAGAUACAGCAUAAGUAACAUGGAAUCUCUUCUCCAAAGGUUAACAAGAACCGCAUCUCCUUUGAAUGUAGACUCAAAGGGUUUGAAUGUCCUUCAGAUUGAAUGAUCACGAUUGGGAUCAAAUGGAUGUCUUCAAAGGACACACAAACAUCCUGAUGCACUGUCUGGUAGUCCUCUGAGCUCCCAGUGGACUGACUGGAUCGGUUUGGGACAUGAUCUGGUUGUUCCCAGAGCAGUAACUCUACAGAGGCAAGAGUGAAGCUUCAGCUACAGGAGUACCAGAUGGAACAUGGCGAGAUUCAGUUCCAUUAGUCCUGAACUUCCAGAGAGCUGUCAACUGAACCCAUCUCACUGUCUUGCUCACUUCACAUGAUCAUAACUAUUGAUAGCGUCUGUGUUCAAACAGCUAGUUCUGACAUAGGACUUCACAGCAUUUCACAGCAUUUCACAUUGUGAUUCUGAAAUCAUGGAGAGCCUAUCAGUGCUGAAUUGAAUUCUGUUGUUGCAGAAUUCAGAUUUGUUUGUAAUUCAUUACAUAUGUGCCUUGAAGUUGUUGAGCUGUUCCAUAGAGUUUCGAUGAUUUUCUUACAUGUAUCUUGUGUUUGUUUUUACUAAUUGUCUGCAAUCAGGAAUAUGUUCACAAGCAGCUGUGAAGGUAUUACUAGGAUUUGGACAUGAACAUUCAUGGAAAAAACUGAGAGAAAGAUUUUGUACUGUUUAAGAAGGUUUAUGUGACCAGUUUUGAGUAAGAACACUUACGAUUUUUCUCUUCCAACUUGUGCAUCUAUUUGCAUAUGCAACCAUCCAGUAAAGCCCUACAUUAAUUUAUUGAUGUUCUGCUGUUGACUAUACAUUCAUAUUCGCAUACUGCAAACUUUAGUCGGAUAAAAAAAAUAAUUUGUUUAUUUGACAUCAAGCCUACCCUAUAAUUUUUCAGAAGUAACAUUUGUACUUGAUAGAAAAUAUAUUUCUUUUUCUUUUUCUUUUUUUCAUUUUGCCUUCAACCGUUUUGAAUAUUGUCCUCAAAAUAUAAAGAAACAUGAAAUUAAAGUAAAUACUGAAAAAGGUAACUUGAGUGAUAUUAUUUCUAGACACUUUAUGCCAUAAGCUAUGGUAUCUGGCAAAUGGGAAAUAAGAUUACUAGUUGGGAUGUAACUCUGAAUGUAAAGAGCAUGAUUCAUUUGUUGUUCAAUCUGUGUUAUAUCCUCAAAACACCUUAAAUUUCAAUGAAAAAUCAUCAGAAAUAAAUUUCCAAUGUUGAAUGGAACAUAUCUCCGAAAGGGCAUUAAAAUGGUGUUCAUAACAGUCAACCUCGUAAACUGUACUUAACUAAUGACAAGUUGUCCUUGUAGCAUGAGCAUUUAUAAUGCCUGUACAGCAUUUUGACUGCAUUAACUAUAUACAUACUAUUAAGUGUAGUAGGAAAACAUUUUUGUCAGUAUUACUUUAUUGUACCCAACUUACAAAAUACCUUUUGUGAACAGAUGAAUGCAUAUAAAAAUCCAUGGUCUCUUUCAUAGA